AACGUUUUCAGCGAGAACGAGGCGUUGCGAUCAACAAUCAUGGCUUCCACCGACGAAAAUUCCAAUGCUGUUGUUCAAGGAUUAAGUAGAUAUUUGAAUUGUUUAGGAGAUGAAAACAGAAAUACGCGAAGAAAUGCUUUAAUGAAUAUACAGAAAGACACAGUAAAUAGAAAUCCACCACUAGACUCAACAGAAAGUCAAAUUAUUUUUAAAGAAGUUGUUAAACCUUUGUUGCAAACAUUUUCCGACCCAGUGGAGAAAUGUCGAGAACUUUCUAUUUCGAUCACUUAUUCUUUUUUAAAACGUUUAACAAAUCCAGACGAAUAUUUAUCUUAUUUACUGCCUUUGUUAGUUCAGAGGCUCGGCCAGCAAGAGAUUACAGAAUCAUCAGAAGAGCUUCGAGCUCAACUCAUUGAUAUGUUAAUAUUUUUAGUUGAAAGCAGCAAAGAAAAAAUGGGAAUAUAUGUAGAUGAUUGUGUGAAAAUUCUCCAGAGAACAUUGUUGGACCCUUUUCCAGAAGUUAAAAGAGAGAGUUGUAAAUGUGCUAGCCUUUUAUCUGUACUAGUGCCUCGACAUUUUUAUAUGCAUUCAGAUAGCUUGGUGAAACCUUUGCUUCAAUCAAUAUCUCACCAACAUUCAAAAGUGAGAAUGACUGUUGUUGAAACUAUUGGAAAAGUUGUCAUGUGCAGCAAUGGAAAAGUUGUAGAAGAUGUUAUUCCACAUUUAGCUCAGCGUCUUUUUGAUCAGACACCUGGAGUACGUAAAGCUGUGACUCGAAUUGUUGGAGACUGGCUCCUGGAUCUUCCCGACCGUUACUCCUACCAUCACAAACUGAUACCUUUGCUGUUGACAAGUCUUUCUGAUGAGCAAUCAGAAAUAAGGGAACUGGCAGAUAGUCUCUGGCAUGAUGUAGGAUUGAAGUACGAGCGAGAGAAUGAAGAAGAUUUAAAGGACAAGAUUGAUUUUCAGGCAUUGCCACCGUCUCACUAUCCACCAAAUGUUGAAAGGCCAAAUCUUGGUUGCCGAGUGCUGGUCAAUCGUCACUUGUCUAAGAUACUCCCAGGCUUGGUUAGAGAUCUUGGAGACUGGGUAGUAGAUACACGAGUCAAAAGCGCUAGUCUGUUGUACUGGCUGCUGAUAAAUGCAGAGGACUAUGUCACACAACAUAUAGAUCCCCUUCUGAAUGGUCUAUACAAGGCUUCCCUUGAUGAGGAUCAAAGAGUGGUUACUGAUAUUCAAAGAUCAGCAGAACUGGUUGGGUAUUUUGUUCACCCUGACAUCUGGAAGAAAAUGGUUUUAACAGGACUUCGCUUGUCCUCUUCAUAUGGUGUUGUCAUGACCAUAGCUGCAAUAGUAAGAGGCUCACCACAUGACCUGUUGCAUCCCCAUCAAGGGGAUAUAAUUAACGCAUUACUUAGCCCUGAUGUUUACCAAACAGUAGACACCAAACUUCACGCUCAGUUUGUCAAUUUUUGUCGUUCACUGAUAUCUGUAAUGGGAUCUGAUGUUGAAGCAGUCAGCCAACAAGUAUUUCAUCUCCUCGUCAGUGUCAUUGCCAUGUCUCAAAGCUCUGACAUUGUUCAAGCGGCGCAAAACUGCCUUGAUGAUUUGGCCAGAGUCCAGAAAUUGAACUGUAAAUCAGAACUAUUUGAAAAACACACUAAAUGUUUGAUUGACUCUUUUGGAGACAGCAUCAACAUGUGGACCAAUCAUUCUGUGGAGCGACAGAUCUUUGAUGCGCUACUGAUUGAGGCUGGUCCAGUUGUUGGUCAGCACUUGGAUGACAUCAUUCCAGUCAUAGUUACUAAUCUGCAGCCAGAGAAGGACCCAGAACUAAGGCUCAAGUUUUUCUCUCUUCUCUCUCGACUGGUCAUGUCUGCACCAACAACACUGGACUCUGAUCACAGGUUCUCAAAUUUUGCCACCACUGUUGUAAAGGACAUGAUUCUCCCCAACUGUGUAUGGAAGGCUGGGAAAACUGCUGGGGCCAUUAGAACCACUGCCAUUUCUUGUUUCUGGGCAUUGCUGCAGAGUGGAGUUUUGACCAAGGAAAAGAUGGAGCCAGUUGUGGAGGCAACCCUAACACAAUUGUUGACUCUGAUAGAAGAUGACAAUAAAACAACACGUCUAGUCAGCUGUCGUGUAUUAACUAGACUCUUUGAUCUGAUGGGCACUGUGCUUGGACAGGAUAGGCUUCACAAUAUGUAUCCUGAACUUUUAAAGAGGCUUGAUGACAGCAAUGAUGAAAUACGCCUGACAGUAACUAAAACUCUGCUGGCUUACUUUGACUGCUUUGAAGGUGGCUAUGACGUUAGGUUGUACAGAGCACACCUGGAGGCAAUCUACAAAGGGCUAUUGGUACAUCUGGAUGACCCAGAAAGUAAAAUUCAAGAGGCUGUACUUGUUGUGCUGAAGAAGGCAGCAGAGUUAUUUCCCCAAAUGCUAAUAAAAGAGGUUGAAAGUGUCAAACACAAGCAUCGCAGCACCAAGUUCUGUGAUGACCUCAUACAAUACACCCAGAACUUAGCUAGCAAGAGUAAUACAUAAUUUAUUUGUUUUUAUUGUCUUAUAAUCAUUUCCCGCGGGGGGGGGGGGGGGCAUAAUUAUAUUUAAGAUUAUCAUUUUACUAUCAGCAUUUGUUUUUGGCCUUAUUGAUACUAAGCAUGUUUAUUCUAUGUUC